AUGACCAAACGCGCCCGAUGCAAUGAUGACGAAUCUGCCUCGAAGCGACUCAGGAUCGAAGAAGGCAAUCAGACAUCACCGGCACUAUGCGAUAAAUAUGCAUGGGGAGUCCUUCGGCAAUUCCUCACCACAGAUAUGACGAUGCCUGAAAUGGAUGAUGCCCUCACAUCGUACCUGGGCGAUAGAUACUUCGCCGACGACUGGGUGGAACCCCGACGUGUGUUGUUCUCUGGUGAAGGAGACGACGCCGAAUCCUUGGCCAACCUCGACCGACUUAUGGCCAUGCACGUGCCCCCUGAUCCCCCCUCUCCUACAUCAAAUGACACUUCCGUAUCCAUGUCUACAUCGAGGACAGACGGCUGCUUGUCAAGUUCACGCAGAAAGCGAUCCCGUGUGCCUAAAUCUAUUCACAAUCCAUAUAUCGUCAUCGAAGCUUCUGAAGACGAGGACGAGGAUGACGAAGGUGGUGACUUUGAACGGUCGCAGAUAGCUAUACACGUAUCAGGACCAUCGGCGAAAGAGAGGUUGGCCAAAAGAUUCGAUGACUUGGCCAGUAAGUUCGAAGAGAAUUCUAGUCACUCGUCGCAAGGUCGCCGUGCUCUCACUUCCAAAGCGGCCUCGAUCCCAUCAUCCUUAACUAACGUUUUGGCACCCGAAAACAAGAUGUAUUUGCUUGACAUUCAAAGAACUGCUACAGAAUACAUUGCCGAACACCUUCGGAGCCAAAAGUUUUCCGUUACCUUAUCGACUUGGGUAGCAGGGCAACUUUAUGUAGUCGCAGAUAGCCCCAAAAUGAUCUGUGAAGCACUGCCUACCUCACACAGUCUCGCCGUGAAGCAAUGUCUUCGCAUCACGGAGGCAGAACAUGAAGCCGUCGAAGGUUCACUGUUCCGAUCUCUUGCCCCUGCUUGGGUGAGGAUCAGGCACGGCCCACACAGGGGCUACAUAGGCAAAGUAGAGUGCCAGACAGAGAGUUCCGUCAAGGUCUUGGUUCCUCCAUUGCGCUUCCCCUAUUCAAUGCCUCGGGGAACUCGAGCGCUGCUCGAUCGAUCUCGUCUUCCGACCAAUAAGGCUGUUUCUGACAUCAUUCGUGAUGGCAAAGUAGUAGGAUGGAUAUACGAAGAACAAAGCUACUACAUGGGUCUCUUACUGAAAGACUUCCACCGCGAUAACCUCGAACUUCUUGCCUCCCCUCACAUCGACGACAUUCGACUCCAUCUCGAAUCCGGAUGGGACAAACCGUUUCUGAAGAACACCGUGGUCUUGUUUUCGAUGCAAUUUUUGCGCAUGGGCGACUGGGCCAGGGUCAUUGAAGGCCCUCUCCGUGGAGAGUCAGGUCAGGUUAUCUCGAUGGACCAUACAGUUGGUUCCGCGAGCCUGGAUUUUGCGUUUGAUGGAUGUCCAGAACAAAUAGAGGUUCGUUUCGAAGGCAUCGAACGAGUAUUUCGGGUCGGCGACACCGUCAAAGUUGUAGCUGGUCCGUAUUUGGGAUUAGAAGGGCACAUCAUUCAAAUGCGGGAGGAAACAGUUGACAUCUGUCAAAAUAUCACCAACGAGCAGGUGGAAGUUUCUAAGUACUACUUGGAUCGGCGUCCCUUGGAUCACAUCAUGCACCCGCAGCUACCAAUGCAUCAAUAUCUCGAGCCUCCCCCCGAGUCCGACUCCAUCGAGAUUGGGGACCACAUAGAAGUGCUGAAUGGCAAGCACAUGGGGAAACGCGGCGUUGUGGACUGGUAUUGCAAGGGAUCGACUAAUCUGUGGUUCCGGGAUAUCCUCACGGAAGAUAGCAGAGAGUCCAGCUCCGGACUCGGCAUUAUUUCAGUUCCAGUAACAACGGUUCAACGAAUGAGCCUCACCCACACUAUUCAGUACACAAAGGACAAGGGUUAUGAUGUGAGGCCUGGAGACGUUGUGACUGUUGCCCGUGGACCGGAGUAUCAGGCGAAAGGGGUUGUGCACAGCGUUGAUAUUCCAAACGCUAGUUUGACCAUACUAUGUAGUGGUGACCAAUCGCUUCUCUGCGUCCCAAUCAGAUUUGUGACCAAGAUACGCAACGCCUUCUUGGAUUUGUUCCGGAAUGAUAUCGGCCAUGAAGUUUUCGUUAUUAGCGGCAAUCGGAAAGGCUAUCGAGCCACGCUUUACUCUCUUUCCUUUGAGACCUGCACCGUUGCUGUGCAUGGGCAGCAGCGGAUUAAACUCAAACUUAAUGAAGUCGCCACCAGGUAUGGAAUGAGACUCAACGGUGCGAUGCUCGAAGGCCCAGAGUUAGCCUCAUUCUGUGAAAUGAGGAGGCGAUCAUACUUGGCACCGCCGCCUCGAUCCACUACCCCACCCGUCGAACAAGAAAAAAAUCCUUCCAGCUCGUUGGUCUCUCUCGCAGGUCCCAGUCCAUCACCAUCCAAUGAAUGGUCUAACUGGUCCGCGAGCUCUGAGGUUGAUAAGAUAUAUGACUCUACGUCGAGUGUCAAUCCCACCUCGUCAACACAUGACCCCUGGGCCGUCGAUGCCCAGGACACCGAAGCGGAGAACUCCCCGGACAGUGGCCCACUGCCGUGGUUGAUGUCGAAAGAAUUUUCAUCGAAAUUCUUCACACACCAUGUACUGUUGAAGGUGUCGCCAAACUUCCUCCACGGUAGGCUAUACAAACGGUUUGUAUCGACGGCUUGUCCCGACCCAUUCUGCGGUGAGAAUGGACCCGCACCUGAGGGUCACGUCGCCGUAUUCUGCACAUCCAAUAGCGCAGGCGCUGCAAUCGAACAUUAUCACAUCCCCGCCAGCGAUCUGAGCCCGGCUCAUCCACGGAAAAAAAAUCAACAGUGUCUUGUUCUGGGUGGGGUUCAUCGUGGAGCUCUAGGGACUAUUGUGAAUUGUUGGACCAAGAAAAAGGCUGUUGACCUUAGGAUUAGUGCGACUGUUACCAUAAAUGUGGGUUUCGAUCAGUUGUGUCUGGUGGAACCUGCAAAACAUAUGAAGUGA